AUGUCCAGUAGCAAUACACCAAACCGGCAACCUAUACUGCAAAAUCAUGCUAAAGCUCAAGAUCCAAAACACUUAACUACAAUAUACAAAAAGAAUGGUAAUUUUGAUAAGCAGAGGAAAGAACUACUAGAGAAUUUUAAGGAGUCCGAAACAUGUAAAAACUUACUUCUUAAGCUACAGAUCAUGAUCGAGUCCAAAGUGAAGCAUGACCCACUGAUACUAAUUAAAAAUAAAGGCAAAAUGGCAGCGUUGAUCCAAGGGGAAAUAGUUAAUCAGCGUUCUGGAUCACAUAGUCUGAGCAAUAACAAUACCACCGAUAAGGGCACAGGUGUCAGUUUAUCAGAAAAAGAAUCUUAUACUCAAGAUUCUAAUGGACCCAGUAACACUAUAUUGGGAAUUGUAGAUCGGGAUAUACAAGAAAAAAUCAUAGAGUCUGAAGAAUUUCAAUUUGCAAUCAAGGAAGAGCUUAGGGAUAUUAAGCGUAGAUUGUUGGGUAUUAGUGAUGAAGAAUAUGCCCAAAUUAAAGAAGACGAAAGGUUGAAACUAGAAAAGCGACAGAAGGAAGAGCUAGCGCGAAAAUUACGAUUAGAGCAAGAAAUGAAGAAUAGAGAAGCACGAAGCUUUUAUCAAAAAAAGAAAAGUCCCGGACCUUUUGGUGGAAGUAGUAGUGUUAGUGGUCCCCCUAAUGCCAGCGUUGGUGAUAGUUCUGGUGCUGGUGCUGUUGGAAUUAGCGUGCUUAGUGGGAAUUAUCGUGUUGGGAAAUCGGCGGCUAAUUAUCGAAAUGCAGGAUACAGCGCUAGUCAAGAAAAGUCAGAACAACUGCAAAAAAAGAAAGACAAACCACCUGUAAUGAUGUAUUAG